AUGUUACGGAUCUCAGCGAGGCCUUCUGGCCUGCUACUUAUCAUCCGAAUUGAAAUUGUCAUCGGUGGUUCUUGGUUCUCCAAUCUAGCUGAACUUAACCAGUAUCCGCACUGUUGCAAUUGCUCCAAGGUUACUCAGGAUAAGUUGGAACUCCAGGGCCGGCCACAUACGCUAUCCUUGUGUCCUUAUGGAUGCGACUUUCCGCCAAUAUCUGUGAUUCAACUAUCAUAUUUCAGUUUCGAUCCAACCCUGUUUGAAAGCCUCGAUGGCCACAUCCUACAAGCAAUUACAGCCAUCGCUGGAUCCAUUACCAUUGAAUGGCUUUGCACAAACAGUCACUGCUUUAGCUUUCGAUCCUGUGUCUGA